UUUUCCCUCCAAACCACAUUUCCCAAGGUUCCUUGCGCAGUGCCCAGGAAUCAGUGGAAAACCUAUUGCGCCUGCGUAUCCAGACGUGGCAACGGCAUCAUGGCUUCUUGGAACCGCUACGGGAGUCGGAUGAGAGAGGCGAAAAUGUUCACGCUGGUGCUGCUGGUUUGGCUGCUGCCGGUCCUCGAGGCAGCGAAGGUGUCUCCUCUCAUAGAGAAGGUCAGCGACCACAAGGACUUUAAGAAGCUGCUCAGGACAAGAACCAACGUUCUGGUGCUCUACACGAAGACAGCUACUUCAGGGGACUCUCACCUGAAACUCUUGUCCGACGUGGCCCAGACAGUGAAAGGCCAGGGGACGAUUGCCUGGGUCAACUGUGGGGAUUCCGAAGGCCGUAAGCUCUGUAAGAAGCUGAAGGUGGACCCGAGCGCCAAACACGGAGGAGCGGAGCUGCUGCAUUACAAAGACGGGACGUUUCACACAGAGUACAACAGGCCGGCUACCUCCAAGUCCAUGGUAGCGUUCUUGAAAGACCCGUCAGGACCGCCGCUGUGGGAGGAGAACCCCGAAGCAAAAGAUGUCGUCCACCUAGAGACCGAAAAAGACUUCAGGAAGCUACUGAAGAAAGAGGAGAGGCCGAUCCUCAUGAUGUUCUACGCUCCCUGGUGCGGCGUGUGCAAGCGAAUGCAGCCCGUCUUUCAGCAAGCGGCCACGGAGACCAAGGGCAAAUACGUCCUGGCAGGGAUGAAUGUGCACCCGGCGGAGUUUGACGGCCUCAAGCAGGAGUACGCCGUCAAAGGCUACCCGACCUUCUGCUACUUCGAGAAGGGGAAGUUCCUUCAUCACUAUGAGAAUUAUGGAGCCACAGCCAAGGACAUCGCAGACUGGAUGAAGAAUCCUCUGCCUCCGCAGCCGAAGACCCCCGAGGUUCUGUGGUCAGAGACGGACUCCGCCGUCUUCCACCUGACGGACGAGUCCUUUGACAGCUUCCUGGAGGAACAUCCCGCAGCUCUGAUCAUGUUCUAUGCCCCCUGGUGUGGCCACUGCAAGAAGAUGAAGCCAGAGUACGAGGAGGCUGCUGAAAUGCUAAACAAGGGCACAGAGAGUCCAGGUGUGUUGGCAGCGGUGGACACCACGGUGCACAAGGCUGUGGGGGAGCGCUUCAAGAUCUCCGGCUUCCCGACCGUUAAGUAUUUUGAGAAAGGUGAGGACAAGUACACGCUGCCACAGCUCCGAAGCAAAGACAAGAUCAUCGAGUUCAUGCACAAUCCCCAGGCGCCUCCUCCACCGGAGCAGUCCUGGGAGGACAAGCCGUCCAGCGUCAGCCAUCUUGGCUCCGACGACUUCCGAGAGGCACUGAAGAAGAAGAAACACGCUCUGGUCAUGUUCUACGCGCCCUGGUGUCCACACUGUAAAAACGCCGUCCCUCACUUCACCACGGCAGCAGAGCUCUUCAAGGAGGAUCGAAAGAUUGUUUACGCUGCUGUGGACUGCACUAAAGGACAGAACCACGAGCUCUGUAAGCAGGAGGGGGUGGAGGGCUACCCCACCUUCAACUACUACAACUACGGCAAGUUUGUGGAGAAAUACAAUGGAGAUCGUGGGGAGGUGGGCUUCACCGGGUUCAUGCGCAAUCUAAGAGAAAAAGCUGUGAAGAAGAAAGAAGAGCUCUGAGGGGCACUGCUCCGUGACCCUUGACCCCAACAAGGGUCCUAUCAGCACUGACGAGACUUGAUGACCUCAGCAAAAGGCUAUUUUUUAUACCGCAGUGAUCGCGUUUAUAAUAAUACCAACAGAGUACCUAGAGUCGGACCGACCACUUGAGACUUCUUUUUUUUUUUCUGGUGGGCAGAAAAUACAAAGACAAAACACGUGAUUCCCUUUUUUUGCCCAAACACUGUGACUGUAUGUGUGAAAGCUACACCCUAUACUUUAUCUAUGCAAUACUCAGCCCUGCUCCGCCCUGUGGGGUCUGUGUGAGCGACACGUUCUGGUGGUGGCUUCACAGGAAACCCGGUCCAGUCACAUCCGCCCCGCUCCGUCUGCAGGAGACACAUGCUCUUAUUUAACACACCCGAUGGUUUCAGUGUUUCUGUACAGACAUCUCAUUUUAGAACCACUCAAUAUUUAGUUCCCCCUGCUGAGGAUUUGAAACAUAAGAUUUACGUGAACAUCUUAAAAGGCCAAAGCUUGUAGAUAGCUACGUGAUGAGCUACAGUGAGGAACUCACAGCAGCAAUGAAUGGAUGACGUAGGUGGAAUGUGUUCAAGGGGCCGGUGUUCUGUUUGCUUUCUUUGGCUUUUAUGAUUAGCUUUGCUUUUGGAAAGGACAUAUUCAAAACUGUGGCCUUAAAACACAAAGAUUGAAUUUCGGAAAUUUGAAAAGCUAAGCAGAGAAGACGUGGCGGCCUGGUGCCACUGCAGCUCCCACAAGCAAGUCAUGGACCGGCGCAAAUGAAAGGAGAAGGAACGAAAGCGGAGCAUGAAAUGCCAAAUAUCCUGUACGUUACCCUUGACAUUCUCACGCUUUGCACAUUUACAAAUUUUCACAAAAUCCACAGCAGCAGAGAUGUCUUUGUUAACUCAAAAUGGGAUUUUAUCAAUGAUUUAACAACGGCAGCCUUCAUUUACAUGAGCGCGAGCAGCUAAAUGCUGCAUGCUGAUCCUGACGUGUCCGACCCGGUUGGUUCCGAGCGACGCAGGAGCCUGUGUUCCGCCUCCUGCUGCACUGAGCCACAUCGCAGCAACGGCCAGUCGGGCCCCGUCUGUGUCAGGGCAUUAAGCUGAUGGGCUUCACCUCAGCUCAACAGGCGGCCCCACACGUACCAUCAGACCCAAAGUGAUGACUUCAGUCCAAGCAGGGAGUAAUGAAGUACUAAAGAAGUGAGGUCUCCAGUCUCCGCUUCCCAUCGAAUCAUGAGCUGGGGACCGGUAUCAUUAGUUGUGUCGCUUUGUUUUUUAAUGCUGUGUGUUUUCCACUCCCACGCUUGGUCCAAUAUAAAUAUUUAAAGGCUUAUCUGUAGCUGAACCCAUCUUUUAUUAUUCAACACUUUGCUUUUUUCAUUAUGAAUACAGUUCUCAGGGAUAGCGAAACACAAUUAAAGGGAACUAGUUUGUAAUUUUGCAUUCCAGCGGAGUCAUGUUGAGCCGUUAAAGGUGCCCAAAUUAAUCAUUGUUUACAUUUGUAUCCCAUGGAGAAGCGGAUGAAAUCGUCCUUUCCUGUACUAUAUCGUGUAUAGUCAGUAGAUGUUACUGAGCCAUUCCUAAAGGACUAAUUCCAAGUCGAGCUGUCGCUCUCCAAAUAAUGUUUAAUGUGACUCAACGUUCGAUGGAGUGAAAGCGCGUUUUUUUACAGUUCCGUGUUGACGUGUUCCUGUUGUUGGGUGUUAAUGAGAUGACAUUUCAUUACUACAUCCAUGUGUUUGUUUUGGACUCAUCCAGUGACGUCACGUUGGUCGACCGCCUCUGUCUUAUCCCAAAGGUUUCUGUGUCGUGUGGAGGUUCUGUCACACUUAUGCCAAGAAGUCAUUGUUGCCUUUGUUGAGUUUUCUGUGCCCAGCCAUAUGUACAGUUUUCCCAUUACAGUAAAGGAAGAAAUAAAGUUUUCAAAUCA